UUGACAGCCCCCAGUUCCCCAUGAUGGAAUACCAGGGCUGUCAAUAGACAGGUUAUUAAUUCGUAUCCGUCAUUUAUCCAAGGUGAGGCGCGAAACUACAGUAUCCGAGGCAACCAGAAGCACUGCAAGCCGCGGCAUUUAUCACUGAAUCACCCGAGUUGCCCAAGUGAAGCCCCUUGAGGUCGGGGGAAUCGUGCGUUUUCAGUCCACACCAAAGCUGCGCCCACCAUACGUUUUCUUCGGUAUCGCUCGGUGAGAAACGUGAGGAGAAAGAAGAAUGGACUGAGUUGCUGUUAGAAACGUUAUAUAUAUUUCCACUUGCGGCGCGUUAAGGGGGACAGCGGCAAAGACGUUUGAUUUUGAAUUUCCCCAUCCAUCAUAUUAAGAUUUCUCCAUAUCAGACAUCACAAUGAUGACUCCAAGAGACCCAAAGCCCAAAAAGAAGCCACCGAAAGAUAGCUUGACACUGUUGCCAUGCUUCUAUUUUGUAGAGCUGCCCAUUGUGGCUACUUCUAUGGUGUCACUUUACUUCCUGGAAUUGACCGACCUGCUCCAGCCGGCCCAGGUGGGCUUUCGUUGCCAUGACCGCACACUGAGCAUGCCCUACGUGGAUGGUGGAGAUGAGCUAAUCCCCCUACUGAUGCUGCUUAGCCUGGCCUUCGCUGGACCUGCUGCUUCGAUUAUGAUUGGGGAGGGCCUGGUCUACUGCAUGCAGUCCCACCUGAAGAUCCGCCCUGGCGUGGAGGGAAGCAUCAAUGCCGGCGGGUGCAACUUUAACUCCUUCCUACGACGAACAGUGCGCUUCGUAGGUGUCCAUGUGUUUGGGCUUUGUGCCACGGCCCUGGUGACGGAUGUGAUCCAAUUGGCCACAGGCUAUCACACCCCCUUCUUCCUGACCGUAUGCAAGCCCAACUACACUCAGCCAGGGGUGGCCUGUGACAUUAACCCCUACAUCACCAAGGACAUCUGCUCUGGCCUUGACCAGCAUGCCAUCCUAUCUGCCAGAAAAACCUUCCCCUCUCAGCAUGCAACCCUGUCUGCCUUUGCUGCCGUGUACAUAUCAAUGUAUUUCAACUCAACCAUCUCAGACAGCACCAAGCUGCUGAAGCCAGUGUUGGUGUUUGCGUUUGCCAUUGUGGCAGCGCUUACCGGCCUCACCCAGAUCACCCAGUAUCGCAGCCACCCCAUUGACGUUUACGCCGGCUUCCUCAUAGGAGCAGGCAUCGCUGCCUACCUGGCUUUUCAUGCCGUUGGCAACUUCAGGUCCUCUGAUGACAUAGUCAUCAAGCCAGCUCCGCCCCCCCAGAAGGAGGACCCCCUGCGAGCGCUGACCCAGCGUGGCCAUGACUCUGUCUACAACAAAGGCGUUGCCUCAGCAUCGGAGAGUGCCGAUGAGAUUGCUGCACCCGCCCCCCACGACCGCAUGGAUGGCAUAGGGCGGCCGCUGCAGCGCGAAAAGGCCUCUAUGGGAAGCCUGAAGAGGGCCAGCGUGGACGUGGAGCUCCUGGCGCCGCGCAGCCCCCUGGGCCAGCAGACCAUGGUGACCUUCAGCAACACGCUGCCCAGGGCCAGCAUGAACGCCAACGGGGGCCCCGAAGAGCCCGUGGGGCAGCCCGCCCAGCCUGUGCAGAGGAGGCUGAAGGCCGUGCAGGUACCCAUGGACCCCAUGCGCUCACAGCAGCUGGUGACGGAGUGGAAGCAGAAGUCCAUGGAGAUGCGGUGCCUGAGCCUCAGGGACGAGGCAGAGCGGGACGCCAGCGAGGAGGGCUCCGACGCUGGGGAGGAGGGCUCAGAGGAAGCGGCACCACAGGCCUCGCUGUAUGCGUCUGCGCUGCACUCCAGCAGAGGUGCCAGCCCCAUCCCUGUUGGUGCAGGGCCACCCGGGGGGCCCAGGGUGGUGACAACCCCACGGGCCCCCCAUAAGCCAGAGGAAGGCCCUCCGCCGGUGUCGCCCAAGAGUGCCCUGACUCGCGCCAAGUGGCUGUCCAUCACGGAGAAGGGUGGUGGCGGGUCGCUCCGCGGAGCCCCCAACCAGCCACGCAUCAUGCAGGUGAUUGCCAUGUCCAAACAGCAAGGCCUUCUACCGUCCUCCUCCUCCGAGACAGCGUCGUCCUGCACCUCCUCCACGGCCAGCGCAGACUCUCACCACUACCGCCCGCCUCCAGAGGCCCAGCGCGAUUCCGCCAUCGUCACGGUGGACGCUCACGCCCCCCAUCACCCCGUGGUGCACUCCGCCGGCCUGCCCGCCUCGGGCAACGGGAACCCCUGGGAGUGGAGGGGCGGCGAUCCCCGAGAUGCCCACGAGCUCAACGACCUGAACCGUGGCGACGGCGGCCCUGCGCGUGGCAGCACGGGCAGCUUCCGGCUACACCAGACCAUCUCACCCUGUUCCUCCGCCGGCGAUGGAGACCCCGAGGUGCUCCCGCCUCCACCCCUCCCUCACACCGAGGCGCCACGUGACGGGCGAAGCCGGGAAUCCACUUUGAGACGCAAGACCGCGCUAGUUCUCCUGGAGAGGGACAUUCAAUUUCAAAGCCAGACUGAACAGGAAAACUACUAUAAAAAUCUGCAUGGUGGCCAGAGGUAUAAAGAGUAGCCACCAACUAAAUGAUGAAUGAGCCUUACAGUCAAACCACAAAACAGCACAAAACCUGGACUGAGAAGCUGGGAUCUGCUGCUAUGCAUUUUCUCUUACUUUGUGUUAUGUUAUGAAAGACGUUGCGCAGAACAGUGGUUGCCUUCGUACUAUAUAAAUGAUGUACUAUGUUAGCUGGAGGGAAAUAUCUUGAGUGGAUGUGGAACUGGUGAGUGUAAUAGCAGGGCUGGGCAAAAUGGGACCGUGAGAUAUUUUCAGGAGCAUAAAGAUUUUAAAAAGUUAAGACGGGAGGCUCACCGCCCUGCAACACAAACCAAAAAAAAUAUUGGACAGGACACCGUAUUAAAGCUCCAUCUACUGAGCAGAACCAGGAUGUUUUGAUAAAUUUACGUCAUCCUUGUUGACUUAUCUUCCAUUCAGUGUUUCUGUUUUGACCAUUCAGUAGGCCCAUUGUCUAGUGUUGGAAUGGCAUUUACAAUAUGUUGUGGCCUUUCUGUUGUUAAUACUUGAUUGCUAAUGUGUUCUGAGCAUGUAUGUGUGUGUGUUUUUAUUUGCUUGGGAAAGUCAGGUGCUUGUGUGUGUGUGUUUGUGUGUGUGUGUGUGUGUGUGUGUGUGUGGAUAUGUGUACAUGUUAAAGAAGCACAGUACGUUUUUGAAAAACUGUAUUCUGCUUAUUCAGGGGAAAUGUUGGGGCCCAUAAUGAAGUUCAGACCUGUGUGUUAACUCUUAUAAUGAUUAACGGUAACAAUUUUAACCUGAACCUUUGAUAAAGAAUACCGACAGGACUGGAUGGCUGUAAGUUGGGAGAAGUGUUUUUUCAAUUUCAACAUUUCCAUGUGGAUGUUUCUUUAAAGAGAGCGAUGGGAGUACCUUUUGAUUUAAAGCAUUAACUGUGAACUUUGGACUGGAUGUGAUAUAAGAGAACAAAACUACAAUAAUAAAAGUGACAUCAGGGGGACAGUCAUUCUA